GAGCGAGGAGAUCCGAUAUAUCGGGCCCCUUGAGGAGUUCGAAGUGUGCGAAUGAAUGAUACCCGCUCCUCAACGGCGCAUCCCUCACCUCACCCCCCCUUCUCUCCUUGCCUCCACUGCCUAUCCCACUUCCGCCUCGCCCCCGUUCUUUUAGUCUCUUUCCGCUCCCGCUGCUUCCGUCACCUGCACAUCAGAGCUUUUUCAUAAAUUCUCGGGCAUCGCGGCAUCUAUCACAUCGCCAGGAGGCUACCCGCCACCGGGUUCGUCCUUUACAAAUCAACCACAGAUACUCAUCCGCUCCUCUCACCCGCCCGCGCGGACGUAUCAGCAACUGGAUUAUGGCCGCUGCUUUCCGACCCGUCAACACACCCAUGGCGAUAGAAGCGAAGAGGGACGACGCGGCGGCACGGUCGCCGACCACGCCCACUCCGACUAAGAGCAGCUUCAGCCAGCGACCGUUGCCGACGUCACCAUUCCCCCAGGCCGUCCAGAUCCCCGAAAGCAUCGAGGAAAAGCAAAUAUCCAAGCAACCGCCGAAGCGAGAGAAUUCGCAACACUCUAGAAAGUCUCGCGGAGGCUCCGAAGACAUGGACAUGGACGACUCGGACGGAGAAACCCAUGGAGGAGACGACGGCGCCGGAUCCGACGACGAGAGCGUGAACGCAGACGGGUCGAAGUCGAAUAAGAAGAAGAAGUCGCAGCGCUUUUAUUGCACCGACUACCCUCCUUGCAACCUGAGCUUUACCAGAAGCGAACAUUUGGCGAGGCACAUACGGAAACACACUGGGGAGCGUCCGUUCCAAUGCCAUUGUUCGAGACGAUUUUCGCGAUUAGACAAUCUACGACAACACGCGCAGACGGUCCACGUAAACGAAGAUAUACCGAUUGACUCCCUCGCCGCUACGGGGACAAGGUUUCAGAGACAGGUCCGGACGGAUCGGGUCCGCCCGCCCGGCAGAGGUCGAGCGUCGACGGCGGGUAGCAGUAUUGGCACUCCGGCUCGGGGCCACGCCAAAUCGCUAUCGACGUCGAGCAUCAGCUCCGUCGGCUCCAACUUCAGCGCUCGAGAGGACGUUCGCCGACGGCCACCUCCAUUGGUUAUGGCGGGCCCGGGGAGUCGGCUUCCCCUAGAAACUUACCACAAUAGUCCCGAGAACGCAUACGCCUAUCGACCGGCAUCCCCGAGUGACUUUAGCACUCCUACAUCUGCGACCUUCUCCACUGGGCAGAACAGCCCCCGGUGGGGAUCCGCGAUCGCAUCGCCGGGUUCGUCUCACCCACGACCCCAGAGCAUGUAUGCUGGCCACCGGACGCCCGGUCGCCGAUUGAGCGUUCCGUCUAGCGGAAUUCCCUUUCAGUCUCCUCACAGCGCAGCUCUAGGUCGCCCUAUUUUCAGCUCGGGGCCCGUCAACACCUCAAACCCUGGUGCAUUCUCUCCGACGACGAGCUUGGUCGGAUCACCCACGUCUUCGGUAUUCUCCAGGCGCGAGCCACCCUCGAGCACCGAAGACUGGCGUCGUCGCACAUGGCAUCCGGAUUCGCAUAAUUUCGCUACCAUCAAUAGCAGUCGCCUAAGCAAUGUCGUGACCCCGUCCCAGUUUCAGUCUACUUCUGUGGCGGUCCCAUUGCCCAUGGCCGCCCCUACACAACAGAACGCCCCCCUUCGCCUGCCGGGAAUCGAAUCGUUUGGCCUCCUUCCGCACCGCCCAUCGUCGCCCCCGCGGCGGAACCCAUCCCCCAUGGUUGUAGAUUCUGAGGCGUCACACCCCCCAACCCUGCACCCCGCCGCCCAUGCUAGCGAUUCUGAUGACCUGCGCAACACGGUAAACUGGGAUAUGGGCCUGCAUCGGGGCUUGACUCGGUUGGACAUCACGUCCAACAACCCCCCACCUCCAGACACGGCAAGCACCUGGGCACGCGAAGCGAACCAAGCGGUCGAGGCGGAGGCGGACCGAGCCAGACUUAACCCCCCGACUGUAAGAUUUAACGAGCCCGUCAUCAUCGAAAGCAGAAGGUCGCCGGGCGUAGCUAGUCUUCCCAGAGCGUACCACCAACACACGAUGUCGGCACCUUCUGUCGCCACUUCGCGGGAGUCGAAACGACGCGGCUGGUAUAAUGGACCGGUGACCCUGCACGCCGACGCGCCUCCCGAGAAGAUUGCGAGGGUAGAGCGAAUGAUCCACCCAAACAUAACCGAAUUUUCAGGGUUUCCGGUCAGGGAGAACCCGGCAAAUCCUCCGUCUAGAGAGGACAAAUCGGGCGAGCGAGAUAAUAUGCUCCGCCUACAGGCCCUCGUAGCUGUGGCAACAAGCGAGGGGAACGCAACGACCGCGUACUAGACACAAUCCGGAAGAAUGGUCAGAACACAGAUAGAUUCGCGCCCCGAUGAUACCCUACGUCUUCGGCCACUGCCCGUUGUCGAAACAAUACGCACUGAACUCUGCCUUUCGAUUGCGGCGGAACUUUUCAUGAGAAUUACGAUGUCUUCUUUUGUCAUUCCGCACU